AUGGUGUCCAUCAACAUUCAUAUCAACAAGCUGGUGCCAACUCUCUAUGGAAGAGACGCUCCUACAAACGACGCCUUGCUCUUGAUUCUACGGAGGUUCAAUAUUCUUAUUAUGAAGCUGUCAGUGUUGCUGCUGCCGGCCCUGCUGGCUCUGGCCUCGGCCGGUCUGCAGGACAUCGUGAAGAAGAGCUCUCAGCACAGAAAAGUUUCCUUACUGAACCCCGAGCUGGAGGGUCGGGUGCCCGAACCGACGGGUGACAAAGGGGUGUCGGGUCCCCUGACUCCAGCCGACCUGGAGCACCAGCAGGAUCUACCUUCCUCCUUUGUUUUCGGCGAGAACGUUAACCUGGAGUGGCUGACCUGGGCCGGCUCCGUGCCCAGCGGCGCUGUCGCGAUCUACAACGGCUACACCGAGCGCACCGACUACGUCUGCAAGUACAAGUGCGAGGCCGGCUUCUACAACCCGAGCCUGGGCCCCUACUGCCGCUACCCCUACGGAGACGGCGAGUACUACGCCCCCGAGUUCGAGAUCCUGGCCAACAAAGACAACUUUGAGUUCCUGGAGUGGAAGGAAGGUUCCUACGGUUCAGUGCCCCAAUAUUCAGUCAGGACCUGCCCGGGUGUAGGCAUCUACGUGGGGAAGAACAAGUACGGCCUCGGGAAGGUCGUUCCUCAGUUUGAAGCCUUCUUCCUGCCCUGGGAAGGCGACGAGUAUUGGUACAAGAAGUACCAGGUCCUGACCAUCAACAGGGACGCCUAUAGCCAGCACAUCACCGACGUCAAGUACGCCAUCGACGAUGUCGCCAUCUUCCAGUAUCCUCCGGAGACCAUGCGCAUCUCCGGGCUCACCAAUAACGAGUGCCAGACGGUGGUGAAGACAGUCACCAUCUCAAAGACCUCGGAGGUGGAGACCACCUGGAGCAUCGGCCGAGCCACCAUGCUGGGCAUCGCUGGCAGCAUCUCGGCUAAAAUCCCCUUCAUCGGCUCCGGGGGCAUUGAGCUGAGCGGCGAGAAGACGCUGCAGUUCUCCAGGGGAACCACCGUGGUGGAGUCGGUCAGCCACUCCGUGUCCGUGGAGCUCACCGUCCCCCCGAACCACUCCUGCAGGGUCCGCAUGGAGGGGCGCAAGAUCAAAGCCGACAUCCCUUACACCGCUCGCCUCAGCCGGACCUACCGCAACGGAGAGACCCAGUGGACCUCCAUCUCGGGGACGUACGACGGAGUCCAGAUCGGAGAAGUCCGGGCCGUAGUGGACCGCUGUGAACCCGUACCGGAUGCCGUGCCAUGCACCUGA